ACCGAACGCGCCACCAUUGCCCCCUGGUGCUGCGAGUCCCACUCAGCUCAGGUCUUGGGACAGCAGCCCGAUUCUAUCUCAAAACAUACCUUGGAACUGUUUCGAUCACCUCUCAGCGCUCAAUUGCAACUUAAAAGUUGUCAUGUGGACUGUCUAUGGGAAAUUCGUCGACGGAGACGAUGUCGAACGAGAAGUCCCUUCCACUCAUGAGACAAAACUGCUGAAAACUGGGAAGUCGUACAUGGUUGGCCGUAAAAGCCCUGCCCCGCUGUGUAUCAAUUCAAAACGAGUGUCAAGAACGCAUGUGGAGUUUGUUGUCGACAGUUUCACGGCUUACGAUGUGACAAAUCCUGUAACGAAGCCGAGACUGCGGGGCAAAAAUCUAGCGCUCAAACCACUAACCGUUGAACGCGCAGGGGGGAAUCAGAUAAUCGCACCACAAACAACAUUGGACCUGCUAGACGGUGACAUUCUCGUCCUCUCGUCGCACGACAAGAUUCGUGUGACUUGGACCGAAGUUUGCUGUUAUGAAAAUCCUCCUCGCACGAAGAGCUCUUUCGUCAAUGCUUGCGCCUCACUGGGACUACAUGUUGUGCAUACCCAACCCAGCACGACAACCCACUAUCUAACUCACGAACUCGCUGCCAUUCCUCCGCAAGCGGUCUCACUCGUGCACGGCUCUCACUUCGUGACACCUAACUGGCUUGACGAGAUACUUCGUCUGGGAGAUCUGCCCAAAAACUCGGAUCCAUCGAAAGGAGUUGCACUCGAGCAAGCCUUUGUCCUGCCUCCCACGACCAAAUAUUGGCCUUCAUUUGGAUCUGACUUACCGGCUGCAUACAAAAGUUUUGGUACAUGGGCCCCGAACGAAGCUCGGAUGCACAUGUUCUCUAAACACUGGUUUCUUUGCGUUGGCGAGAAAGAGCGAGAGAUCAGCGGGGAGAUGAGAGAGCUGAUUGACAGGGCGCAAGGCAAGGUCAGCACGUUCAAUGUGGAGCAGGGGGAAGAUAAAUGGAGGAAGACGCUGGUUAGACUACAGGCGAAACAGAAUGUGAACCUUGUUCUGUUGGGAAACACGUCUGCGUGCGAAGCUGCGGUUGGCAGGAGCAACUGGCAAGAGCUUGUUUCAGUGGCAGAUGCAUUCCGGCUUCGAUUUCACUCGCAUGAUGAUCUCAUUCGAGCCAUUCUGGAUGCGAACACCAAGAUAUUCAGCGAGGAGCGAGAGAUUCAAGCUUCUGCAUCCUCUUUGCCCGAGAUCGUGUAUAACACAUUAGAGGACGAGAAGUCCAUUGCAUCAGAGAUCGAAUCUGCUCCACCCCCUGUGCGCAGACUCACUCGACGAACUGCGUCGCGACAAGCAUCUCAGGAGCCGGUCCCGGCCGCCGCUGAGACGGCACCUCCCCCACCUCCCAAGAAGCUGACACGACGGGUGCAAGUACCAAUGCUUACGGGACUAGAUGAUUCCUCCUUCGUCAUAGACUCGAUGACGCAGAGCUCGGCCGCUCCAAUAUCCAUUCCUGAGCCGGCUCCGGCUAAACCACGCUCGAAGCUCAAACGGCGAGUUGGCACGGUCUCGACCAUUGAGGCGGAGUCCGACAUCAGUCUUGCGGUGGCCGGUAUCGUGAGUGUGGCCGCCGAAGAACCGCCUCUCAAAAAGUUCAAGGCUCUCUUCGAAGCCAGCAAUCCUUCGAAUGACUUUGAUAGCAUUGACCAGAGUGGGGCAUUCGAUGAAGAUGGUCUGCUGUUGUCCGAUUCGCAGACACAAUCGGUCACUCAAACUCAAACGGCCGGCCGGUCUGGUCGGCAUCCGACUGCUCUCAGAUCCCUCCCAGAAGAGGAUGAAGAAUCACAACCGGUUACUGUUAGCAGAAAACGGAAGGAGCGAUCCGCCGAUGCGGACGAUGAAGAAAUGGCCGGUAUUGCGGCCGAAUUAAAUAAUCCCUCAGGCGGCAGUAUCAGAGGCAGCACCCCCGCUCUGAAAAAGCGAGCUACUGGGAGCAAUGCGGUACAACCCGCGACUGCAAAAACACCGUUACCGACGACGAAACUGGGCAAGAAACCAUCUGCUGCAGCGGCGGCCGGGGCUGCGGCCGGUCAACCGGAUACAGAUGAAGCAUUUCUCCAAGCGAUCGCCUCGACAAGGCGAGGGAAAAAGACGGAAGACGAGUUCGAUCGUGACUUCAACAAGCUCAAGAUCAAGGCCGACGUCAAGGGUGCAGCUGAGAUUGAGCGGCCAGCCUGGGAGAUUGUCGAUUCGUUUGGUGACGAGACCGAUCUGCGCGGCAACUUUAUGGUCAUUCAAGACCUGGAGGUCUACAAACUACAGGGCGAGGGCAGGAAACAAGUCACAGUGACUAAUCCACUUUGGGAAGGAAAACCGGACUUCAAGAAGUUCAAGCAGAAAGCAAAUAAGAGCAGCACCGCUGCUUUGGGGAAGAAAUUUGUGGACCUCGUCAUCAGCGAAGACAGCUAUAGAAUCGGCGACGACGACUUCCAGAACGAGUUUUCUUUCCAAGACCAUGAGGCUUCGAAAAUCAAGCAGAAGGGUAGAGAGGUCUUUGACCAUGAUGAAGCCCUAUCAGAUCAGUCAAGCGUCGUUGAACCACCAAAGAAAAGGGGGACCCAACCUCCGAAGCAAGCCUCGAGUAGGACAGCACGGACAGCAUCAAGGACGCCGGCUCCACUGUUUCUCGAGGACUCCGACGAAGAGCAACAGUUCAAACCGACGACCAGAGGCAAAGCCAAGGCCGAGCCCUUCGAAGCUACGCUGGACAUGGAUGACGACAUGGAUGUUGAUCAAACAUUGCGGUCUGCCUCGCUCAGGCCCUCCAGACAAUCCGCCCAGGCAAGAGGUGCAAAGAGGAAGGUCGUUUCAGAGUCUGAGAAUGAAGAGCACAGCGACAGCAGCUCAGACGCCGGAAAUAGAAGGGGUAAGAACAGAAAGAAACGAGCUCGGCGAUGACAGAGAUUACAAUCUACUUUAUGAGUUUUGAAUCGUCGCCAUUUGGCCUUGCAACGCUGAUCACAUGACCGUGAUUCACUCACUUCGCACCAUCAUGAGCGCCGAGGCCGACGCACUGUUAGCUCUUCGUCAAGCUAUCAAGACGAAGAGCACCAUAACGUACUCCAAAAAUGGGGAACCAGUCUCCACACUUCUCGACGCGACUCACAUUAACAUCCCACCCUCCAGCCAGUUCCCGAAAUCGACACCAACGAGAUACCGCAAUCCUGCGUCUACGAACGACUUCUUCUCCAUUGAAGCGAUAUAUCUAGUCUGGCUACUACGAGAUGCAACUCUCGUAGAUUACAUGACGCGGGUCAGGGAAAAUGGGGUGGCGGUGGGGUCUGUGAGUGUCACAGAGCGGAAAAGCGUGUUGGAUUGGUUAGAGGGAACAGUGGGGGACAAUGAGCGGAUAGUGCCUCUUUCCACGGAAAGUACGACGCCUCCGGGUUCGCCGCCCUCUUCAUCGAAAACACUGUCCACUACGCCAUCGCUCAAGACGACUGGAACUACUUCGAGUUCACCGACGAAGAGGCGAUAUACCGCGGACCACCGAGAUCUUGAGGUCGUCAAGAAGAUCAAACAGAAUGAAAUUGAGCUGAGGGACCGGAAUUCGGUGCUGAGGGGAACGAAACCAACUAACUUUUCCAAUGUCCGGACAGUCUAUGCUGAGAAGCUCAAGAAGCUACGAGAGUCCAGCCGUUCGGGAGCCAGUGCGACGCCCGUGAGCGCGUCCGAUUCGAAAGUUCUGGCCAAGAAAGCUCGGAACAACUACCCCAUCAUCAUGAUAUCCUCAUCCCCCACCGCUCUUAUUACAAUGCACAACGUCAAAAAGUUCCUGCAGGAGUCGACAUUUGAACCAUCCCAGGAUGCUCGGGCAAGAGCAGCUGCUGAGGGUAACCCACGUCCAGAGGACUUGAUUCCGAUCUACCGCAAACGUACGGUGAUCGACUCGUCCGGCAAAGAGCACGAGAUCCAGAGCCGGUACUUUGUGGUGGACAGUGUGGAGGCGCUGAGCAAGUUUGGGCCCGACGCAUGGGAGCGUGUGGUGUGUGUGAUGACGACGGGCCAGGCGUGGCAGUUCAGGCCAUACAAGUGGACGGAGCCGAUCUCGUUGUUCCACCAUGUGAAAGGGAUCUAUGUCUCAUGGGCCAACGACCCUCCCAAUGGGAAGAUUAAAGACUGGAACGUGACGGAACUGAAGAUCGAUCCCAUGCGCAGACACGUCGAUAAGUCUGUCGUAGCGCAAUUGUGGAAGAUCUUGGAUGGUUGGACGGCAAUCAACAAGCCUGGUUUGAUCCAAGGCUAGAUCUCUGUCUGCUCUCAUUGUACAGUCCAUCUGUUGUCUGCUCUGAAUCUUGUCUGUAUACUUGAUAGAGAGCCGUCAAUGGCGCGCGUGUUGAUACUGUGUCACAUAGUACCCUAGCCCGGACGUCCCCGAUUGUGACGACGGACUGGGAUAUGUGGUUGAACCCACAUCAGGGCCCUACGCAGUGGAAGUCAGAAAACAUAGGCAGGCGGAACCGAAGCACUGACGAAGUCCACCACGAAUGGACGGCUCUGCGUGACUGCAAACAAGCGAGAACUUUCUAGUGCCAAUGCGUAGACGGGAGACGCGUCGUUGAAUGGCGCGUGGAAACUGAAACCUUUGUUUGCAGAGCGCACAUCCCAGAAAGAGACCAGGCUGUGUCGGGCGGAGCCAGCCGCUACGUAACAGCCCGACCCACCGCCACAGCCCACGGAGUAGAUGGGCUCGUCGGAGAAAGAAUUGGACAGCGUCAUCACAGGCCGCAGUCGGCCGUCCCGAUCGCGGUCGGAAGACCGGAGAUCGUGCACUGAGAGGGUCCCGUCAUACCACCCGGAGACGAUGGAAGAUGUGCCCCAGACGGAACAGGGUGGUCCCUGGCAUAUAUCGAAGACAGCCAAUCCUCGUCUGGCGAUCGAGUCCUGUUGUGCGAGGACCAGACUGGGUGUGAAACCUGAAGGCGAGAGCGAGUAGAUGCUCAGUGGCUUAGCGUCGGUGCUGGUCCCGAAAGCUGCAUAGGGACUCGAUGCGCGCGAGUUGAGGUGACACUUCCAGCUUCGUGGUUGUGACGAAAUUUCGAACGAGGAAACUGUCUGGCACAGAGAAGUAUCGAUGAGACGCGCGGAUCCGUUGGCCGAAAGAGCCAACAAGAGAUCGUCGCUGGCCGAUAAGCUUUCUACAAAGUCUUUGGGUGGCAAAUCGAUGUCGUGACGCGUUCUCUGGUCGGAGACGUCGAGAAAUUCAAGGGAGCCGUUCUGCAAUCCUAUGCAGAUUCCAUCGUCUGGAACACACGCCAUAGCUGUAACAUACUGCCCGGGAUCGUCCUUCAAUUUGAGAUGGGUCUCGGACUCUACCCUCGGGUUCUUGUUCGCUGAGAAACCGAAGGAAUGGAGGGUGUGUCCAGCCGCAAUGACGAGACGCGACGAGCUCAGGGCCAGUCGCGGCCGUUUUCUCCCUAACCAUGGAUCCGAUAGCGGUCGGGCGACAAAUUUCCGCUGGUCCCAUCUUCGGUCUGUCAGAACGUCAUAUCGCACUCGGACUGAAGGCUGCCACAGGUCACGCGACCUGCUGAGGCUGAGAGACGGUCUUGGGUUGUUGCGUAGGUAGGCGGCCCAUCCAAAUUCAUAAACCUGAAGUUAUGCAUGGGCCGAUUAAGAGGAGGUUUGAUGAAACUCACCAGCGAGUGUAGCAAUUUGCAAGUCCGGGCUAUGGAAUCAAGUUCCCAGUAUCCGAGGUCGCAGAGGAUAAGGAUAAGAAGAUCGUUAGGUAGUUCUAACAGGGAUUCCAUAUCCAAUCGCCUGCUCGUACUCAACGUUAAAGUGUCUAUCGCUCCGGAACCGAAUUGACUCGACGGCGCGACAACUUGUCUGCUCUGGUAGAUCCACCGCAACUUGUGACGGCGAUCCCCACAGUACUGGGACGUUUGCCUAGCAUGCAACGACUCAACUCGCGGGUGCUUGCACGGCGCGUCCACAAGCUUGGCAGUCCUCGUCACUACCACGACGAAUCGUUUGGGUUCCGCAAACCGCGUGAUUUCGUGUUCCCGGACUACACAGAAGCACAGUUGCAAAACAGGGCCGAGAAUGCGACGCUCCUCCGCUACGUCGACUCGGUUCGAACGCAUGGCCACCGGGCUGCGCGUAUUGAUCCUCUCGACCUCAUCCACCGGGACGAGGUCGCGGCACUCGAUCCGCGUAGAUACGGUCUCCUGGACGAACAGCAGAAAUUUAACGUCAAUGGUAUCCUGUGGACGCGGCCGAUCGACGAGACUCACCGAGAGGACGCGGAAGAGUGGUGGACUUUGGCGCAGAUCACGGACCAUCUGCGGCGGAUCUACACGGGCCCCAUCGCAUACGAGUACAUGCACUCUCCGUCCAAGACCGAGAGGCUGUGGUUCUCGCACACGCUGGAGUCGACACACAUUGCGUCGACCCGCACACCCAUGCCCAAACAAUUCAAAGAACGCAUCCACGGCCUGCUUGCGAGGAGCGAGGUGCUCGACAACUUCCUGCAGCUCAAGUUCCCGAACCUCAAACGCUACGGCCUGGAAGGCGGUGAAUCCAUGCUGCCUGCGCUGGACUCGCUGUUCUCUGCUGCAGCCAAAGACGGAGUUUCUUCCGUUCUUAUUGGCAUGCCCCAUCGAGGCCGACUCAACUUACUGACGGAUCUAUUGAAAUUUGCCCCCGCUGCCCUAUUCCACAAGAUCAAGGGUGGCGCUGAAGUCCCGGAGGAUCUCGGUGCUGAAGGCGAUGUCCUCAGUCAUCUCGCUGUGUCGACCGCGUUGGAAUACGAUGGCGCAUCAGAACCUAUUCAAGUAUCUCUGCUCCCUAAUCCGUCACAUUUGGAGGCUAUCAACCCUGUUGCUUUGGGUAACACGCGGGCUAAACAGUACUCACUUCUGAAGACGUCGCCGAAUGAUUGCACCUUAGGAGACAAAGUGAUGUGUGUUCAGCUUCACGGCGAUGCCAGUUUCAGUGGCCAGGGCGUCGUGAUGGAAAGUUUGGGACUGAGUAACUUGCCGCACUUCACUAGCGGUGGCAGCGUUCACAUCGUAGUCGACAACAAGUGACUACUACAUUCUCUCGCUGUCUUCCGUGUCUCUGAUGUUCUGAAGUAUCGGAUACACAACACCGGCAACUGGAGCUCGUUCAUCGCAGUAUUGCUCAGACAUCGGGAAAGGGAUCAAUACCCCGGUCUUGCAUGUCAAUGGCGACUAUCCCGAAGACGUGGUCAGGGCGAUGACCUUAGCAUUCCAGUACCGCAACUACUUCCGUAAGGAUAUUAUCGUCGAUCUUUUGGUUUAUCGUCGCUGGGGUCACAAUGAGCUGGAUAUCCCCAAUCUCACUAGUCCACUGAUGUACGAGAAGAUAUCUUCUCGCAGGUCUGUUCCUCAGCUGUACGAAGAGAAGCUUAUCGCCGACGAGACAUUCGACCCGAGCGAAAUCCACGAGGUCCGAUCUGCCUACAGGGCUGAGCUCGAUGCUGCGUUGACCAGCGUGCCUUCUUUUGUCCCGUCCGCGACGAUGCUCGAAAAGCAGUGGAGCGGCAUGGUCUGGCCGUCCAGUGCAGAUGCCGACAAGGAACCCAGCACCGGAUUUGACGCCCAAGAACUAGCUGAUAUCGGCCGAAACUCUGUGGCUAUCCCAAAUGGUUUCGAAAUACACCCCAAACUGCAGCGGCACGUGAAGAACAGAAUGUCUAGCAUCGAGUCGGGGGCCGGGCUUGACUGGGCCACUGCUGAGGCAAUUGCAUUCGGUUCCUUGAUGAAAGAAGGUUUCGACAUCCGCAUUUCCGGACAAGACGUUGGUCGAGGGACCUUCAGUCAGCGACAUGCAAUGCUCGUGGACCAGCGCACCGAAGCCGUUGUUGUCCCACUCAACGACACUCUCAAUGCCUCGGGAAAACUGGAAUUGGCGAACAGCUCACUUAGCGAAAUGGCGGUGCUCGGUUUUGAAUAUGGAGCGAGCUGGGAGAGGCCUACAAUUCUACCGAUAUGGGAGGCUCAGUUCGGAGACUUUUUCAACGGGGCCCAGAUCAUCAUCGACACAUUCAUUUCAUCAGCUGAAACGAAAUGGCUCAAGCAAAGCGGAAUCGUGUUGCUCCUUCCUCACGGCCUGGAUGGUGCAGGCCCAGAGCACUCUUCGUCUCGUGUGGAACGCAUGCUCCAACUCUGCAAUGACCGGUACAGCAGUCAGGAGGAUGAUCCAAAUAUCAACAUGCAUGUCGUAUUCCCGACGACUCCGGCGCAAUACUUCCAUCUCUUGCGCAGGCAGAUGAAGAGGAACUACCGCAAACCACUGGUUGUCGCUGGCCCGAAGGCGCUUCUCCGACUAUCGGCGGCAUCUUCGUCCCUGAAGGACAUGGAAUUGGGCACCAAGUUCCAACCUGUUCUCGAAGAUCCAGCCGGUAACACAGCGACCGCAAAGCGUGUGGUGUUCAUCACUGGGAAGAUCCACUACGAAUUGAUGAAAGAACGGCAAGUCCGCUCGCUGGAGAAUGAUGUUGCCUUUGUCCGCAUCGAAGAAUUGGCGCCGUUCCCUUUCAGCGAGGUCCAGACAGUUCUUAAACAGUACAAGAAUCUCGAAGAAGUCGUGUGGCUGCAAGAAGAGCCCAAGAAUCAGGGCGCCUGGUCUCAUGUGGCUCCGCGACUGGACAGCGUCUUGCAGGACCUGGGAUUGAAUCAGAGAGUCGGAUACUGUGGCAGGAAGCAGAGUGCACUUCCUGCUCCUGGUAUUGGGAAACUGUAUGCAGCACAACAGCGGGCGGUCAUCGAGUCCGCAUUCAACGGUGUUUAAGUAAAAGUAAAAUUGAUAUGUCGUGGUUGAGAGUCACCUCGGUCCCGUCGUGCUGAGUCGGUCAACAAAAGUCAUCGCGCCGCCUCUUUCGAGGACUCACUACAUGGCCACGUUUGUUGACUUGCCUCAAGAGCUCGUUGAUCAGGUCGUCGGGGAAUAUGCCCAAGACAGAGCCUAUUUGAGAGUUUGCGCGCUGAUCUCAUCCGCCUUUCUUCCGCCGAGUCGCACACAUCUCUUUUCGUCACUUCGUAUCACUCCUGGCAAUAUCUACCCGUUUCGAUCACUCAUCGCAUCCUCAACGUCCGUCGCAUGGUAUGUCCAGCGGCUCGAGGUCCCUGGGACGACCAUUGGGCCACCGACCAUCCUCCCCGUCGAGACGAUCGCGCGACUCCCGAACCUCAAGUUCCUUGUCUGUCAAGCGGACCCAUUUGACUUCCGACAAAUCCACUCACAACCAAACGUCACGCUCGCGCCCGCACUGCAGAGCCUGACUUCCUUGCAAGUGUCCAUUGACCGGCUAUGGACGAUACCCUACUGGGUCGCGCUCCUGGAUGCGUGCCCAGCGCUGACGGAUCUGACCGUCCACGCUGAAGCUACCGGGUGGGGUCAAUGGACGUACGACGACCUCACAUUGUCCAUCCCACCGCCCCCGCCCCCGCCUGCGCGCGCGCCUCGUCUCCGGGCGGUCAGAAUCACGGGCGACUGCAAGAUCCUGGUCCCGUUGAACGCGUGGUUCCUGUCCCGCGGGUCGUUGUCCGCUGUGGAAACGCUCUACGUGGAUCUGCUGUACAUGCUGGAAGACUACGACGCCGCGGACCAGAGGCUCCCGAUGCUGCGAGCGGUCAUGGCGACGGUGAGGGACUUGACGGUCAACCUGGACCCGCCGAUCUCUCUGGAGGGCGAGCCUGGAGUGAGCGCUGCUCGGAUGCCCCACUUGCGGACGCUGCGCAUUCGCGAUGGCUCCGACGCGCGACUGAGCGAAUCCAUCGACUGGCUUGCUGGGUUCCUCAGCACGACACCCGUGCACGGGGAAAGUCUUCUGGUCACCGAGAGCCCGUUAGAGGAGCUCUCCCUCGAUCACCAUGUUCGGCGUCAGGAUCUGACGGCGGUCAACCCGGCCAGCUGGGCUGCGAUCGACUCUGCUCUCAGCGCGUCACAUCCUGGCACCGUGCCCUCGCAGUUUCGAGGAUUUGCACGGUAUGCGGAACGAUUCGGUAAGGAGCAGGCUAAGAAGCUUCUGGAACAUGAGUUUGAAACUUGGAGUCGACUGGUGGCUUUUGUGGAACGAGAGAAGAUAGACUGCGAGCUCUGGAUCGGGGACACGCUCGAUGUUGCCAUGUCUGAAACAGUCGCAGCAGACGUUCGAGAAAUAUUUGACGCAUAUAAAUCCUACGGGGGGAAGGUGGAUCACAUCAAAGUUAUCGAUGAUCCUGCAGAAGCUGAAAAGAUUUCCCGCCUGAAAGGUGCUCAAGCUGUCUGGGCAUGGCCUGCGUCGACCUUUUACCCGUGGAAACUGGGUAUCAGUGUGGCCCAUUUGAUGAAGUUGAAUAUCGCUGCAGGCGCCAAUCUGCAAACAUGGACACCCGUGCAAAGUGUCACGCCGUCCGCAGACGCCGAAGGCUCGUGGAACGUCAAUACAGAACGGGGGUCGAUCCGGACGCCCACAGUUGUCUACGCGACCAACGCAUACACCUCUGGCAUCCUGCCAUCGUUCAGUAGAUACAUCCAACCGACAGCGCACAUGUGCGACAGAGUCAUCCCUCCGCGAUCCUUUGCUGGCAGCAAAGCUCUGCAAAAUUCGUACGGUGUUCUGAUGGACGGCGGCUCGAUGUACAGCAUCAAUCCGCAAGCAAACGGCGACGGAAUCGUGCUAUUCGGUGGCGACAACCCUAAUCAACGGAAGCUGAAGGCCUACCUCGCUGAAGAUCCUCUGCGGCUCUUCAACGACGGCCUGAGCAAUUUCCAGCCGGUCACAGAGGCGGUCAAUCACCUGACUUCCACAUCGUUUGAAGGGUGGAAUGAAAAUACACCAGCACCUGGGGUUGGGUCUGAUUAUUCGUGGAGCGGGAUUAUUGGGGAGCACAGCAACAACAUCAUGGUCGAUUUCGAGGACGUUGAAGAGCGCGAUGGUGUCCGCCUCUCCUGGAAUGUAUGGCCCUCGUCGCGUAUAGAGGCGACCAGAACCGUCGUUCCUAUCUCAGCCCUAUACACACCCCUGAAGCAGCGCGAGGAUCUGCCCCCAGUCUUGUACGAGCCGGUAGCGUGCAAGCCUCCGUGUCGCGCUAUCCUCAACCCUUACUGCCAAAUCGAUAUUCGUGGCAAACUCUGGAUUUGCCCCUUCUGUCUGUCUCGCAAUGCCUUCCCUCCUCACUACAAGGACAUAUCCAACACGAACCUCCCUGCCGAACUUUUACCAAAAUACACCACCAUCGAAUACACCCUUGCUCGCCCAGCCCAGGUUCCGCCGAUCUUCCUUUUCGUUGUGGAUACGUGUCUGGAUGAGGAGGACCUGAAGGCUCUGCGUGAUGCACUGGUCGUCAGCUUAAGCUUGAUCCCUCCGUAUUCCCUCGUGGGGCUCAUCACCUACGGUACAAUGACCCAAGUCCACGAAAUUGGAUAUGCCGAGUGCAACAAGUCCUACGUGUUCCGAGGCGGAAAAGAGUAUCAGCCCAAACAGAUUCAAGAUAUGCUCGGACUGAGCUCCCAGUCGCGCGCUGCCCCCCGUCCAGGACAGCCUAUGCCUACACAGUCCUUCGGCGCCUCGAGAUUCUUGCUCCCGGUUCAGCAAUGCGAGUUCCAGUUGACUGGCAUCUUGGAAGGCCUUGUGCGCGAUCCGUGGCCCGUUGCAAGCGACAAGCGUCCUCUGCGAUGCACUGGUGUUGCGCUCAGUGUGGCCGUCGGCCUUCUCGAGACUACUUACCCCAACACGGGUGCUCGCAUCAUGUUGUUUGCUGGUGGUCCUGCCACAGAGGGUCCCGGAAUGGUCGUCAGCAACGAGCUCAAGGAGCCCAUCCGGUCCCAUCACGACAUAGAACGGGACACCGUCAAGCACUACAAGAGGGCGAUCAAGUUCUACGAAGGCCUCGCCAAGCGUGUUUCGAACAACGGGCAUGCGGUCGACUUGUUUGCGGGAUGUCUGGACCAAGUCGGUCUGCUGGAGAUGAAGUCGCUGCCCAACAGCACCAACGGAGUCAUCGUCUUAUCUGACUCGUUCGCCACGUCCAUCUUCAAGCAGAGCUUCCUGCGUCUGUUCAAUAAGGACGAGGAGGGCCACCUGCAGAUGGGUUUCAAUGCUACGUUUGAUGUCCAGACCACGAAAGAACUCAAGGUUUCUGGCCUGAUUGGACAUGCCAUCUCGGCUGGCAAAAAGUCUGGUUGUGUCGGGGAGACAGAAAUUGGUAUCGGCCAGACAUCGGCCUGGAAGAUCAAUGUGAUCACACCGCACACGGCUACGGGUGUCUACUUUGAGGUGGUAACUCCUGCCGGCCAGCCAUUAGCACCAGGCUCGCGUGGUCUGAUCCAAUUCGUCACCCACUACCAACACUCGUCUGGCUUCCAGCGGCUACGAGUGACCACUAUUGCUCGUAACUUUGCGGAGGCUGGUUCUCCCAGUAUCCCGGCGUCGUUCGACCAGGAGACUGCUGCUGUCCUCAUGGCUCGCAUUGCCGUUUUCAAGGCUGAGAUCGACGACUCACCUGAUGUCCUGCGGUGGCUGGAUCGUAUGUUGAUCAGGCUGUGCCAGAAGUUCGCCGAUUACCGCAAGGAGGACCCGACUAGCUUCAGGUUGACGGACAACUUCAGCAUUUAUCCCCAAUUCAUGUUCCAUCUGCGGAGAAGUCAGUUUCUGCAGGUGUUCAACAACAGUCCGGACGAGUCUGCAUUCUACAGGCACAUCUUGAAUGAGGAAGAUGUUAACAACUCACUGAUCAUGAUCCAACCUACGUUGAUGUCGUACACCUUUGACCAGCAGCCCCAGCCCGUGCUUUUGGACAGCGUGUCGAUCAAACACGACGUCAUCCUGUUGCUGGACACGUUCUUCCACAUCCUCAUCUUCCAUGGAGAGCUUGUCGCCCAGUGGAGGAAACAGGGCUACCAGGAUCAGGAGGGCUACGAAAACUUCAAGGAGUUGCUCGAACUACCUGUCGCUGAUGCUCAGGAACUGCUCACAGAACGAUUCCCGAUUCCUCGGUACAUUGUGUGUGACCAGGGAGGCAGUCAAGCGCGAUUCUUGUUGUCCAAGCUGAAUCCGUCGACCACCCACAUGUCCAACACGAUGUACGGAUCGCAAAACAACGCUGCAGGACAGGCCAUCUUCACAGAUGAUGUGAGCUUGCAAGUGUUCAUGGAGCAUCUCAAGAGACUGCGGCAGGCUGCGGCAGGUCUCCCGAUGAAUGGCAGUCUGGAGGAUCAUCGGUUCUGCGCACCUCUCGUCCUUCCUGGCGACGACCUGGCUGAAGAUCCAGACUAUCCCGCACAGAGCAUCCAAGAAUGGCGGACGGAUGCGGACCGGAAUCCGGUGGAGACGUCUCGCCGCACACUGUAUGUGGUCGCCCCGCCUGCAGUCGACGACACUGUGCCUUUCAUGGAGUCGUGGCGCGAGCCGAACGGUGCUGAGGGCGUCGCGAUUGAGCGCCCCAAAGUCGAGGACAUGGUUGAUUAUCUACGCGCGUUCUAUCACGGGAUGGACGUGAAACGAUUGUCGAGUCGGAGUCUGUGUUUCACGAGUUGGAGUGCGCCCAAACGCGCGUCUCGGACACCGCGUUAUGUUGGGCUCAAAGCGGGCGACGAAUGCGUGCGGAUUCGCACCCGCGCAUCACACGACGGGAUCUUUAGCAGGCAGCUCAAUCUCGACGAUCUGCUCGACGCCGCGAUUGGGAUACUCCCCCCUGACGCGUAUGCCAUGGUGGUAGUCGUCCCCUGGGAUAUCUACGAGCGUGCAGACGAUGAUUUUGCUUGCGGACGCGCGUAUGGUGGAAGUCGCGUCGCUGUCAUAUCAACAGCACGAUACCACCCCGGGCUGGAUCGGAUGCAAGACGUCGAAAGGCUUCAUGCAUGGCCUGCGUCGCACUGUCAAGCCUACAUGACUGCUUGCUGCUCCGAAGCGCGACCGGCGAAAAGGCGCAAAGGAAAUGGUCCUGGCUCCCUUUCAACUUCACCGUUACAUGCAGCGGUUGCAGCCUAUGCUGCCCUUCCUUCUCUGGUCAACACGAACUCCGCGGCCGCACUGUCGUCGCUGUGGCUUGCGCGGGCGUGCCGCACUGCAAGUCACGAGCUGGGGCACUGUUUCGGAAUCGAUCACUGCGUUUACUACGCGUGCGCCAUGCAGGGCACUACGUCGCUGCGAGAAGACGCGCGCCAGCCGUUGUUUGUGUGUCCCGUUGAUCUUGCGAAGAUUCUGGAAGCCACCGGGACCUCGUCCGAGGGUCGAGACGAGGCUCUCCUUGCCUUUUGCGCCAAGCACCCGCAAAAUCAUUCCUUUGUGUCGCUGGCAGCAUGGAUUCGAGUUGCGUAGCGUGGUUUCCACGAAAAGUUGUACGUCUGUUACAUUGAUUGUUGUGCUAAAUCUACUCCACUUUUUGGUUGACCUCUCCUACACUCCUACGAUUCCGGUGUCUUUGGUAUCCUUCUCCGCGAAGCUUUCGAUCACUUCCUUGACCAGGUUGAUGUCAGCCCUUGGCACGCUGAUGACAUUCCGUUCCUUGUCCAGUAAGCCCACGAAUUCGGUGGGGAGGACGUCCUGCUCGAAAUUGAAGGACGCAUUGUUUUUGAGCGCCAGAUUCACCGCCUCCGAGAAUUUGGCUGGGUGAGCCGUCGACAACAUGACUUGGCGAACGGAGCUAGGGCUGGGGAGAGGCGUUGAGAACAGAUCGAUUCCACAGGACUCGAGAACAGAUCGUACUUUUUGGAAGCAACGAUCUUCCCAGCCGCCAAACCAACGGCGGUGUGAGGAUCAACCACGUAAGACGGAGAGGCUUCAAAGUGCGAGCGGAUGGUUUCCAGAGUCUAUUGAUCAGAUCAGCCCAGUGCAAACGAGACAUGCCAGGCUAUGGCACGGACCAGCUCAUCCGAGAUCCGUUCAGCAAAGAAGUCCCGGCGAGCCAGCUCGAUGACGGAGGUGGGAAUAUCAACCCGACCAUCAGCCUUCAUCUCGCUCAUCCAGCUCGCCAAGGUCGCACACGCUUUCUCGUGCUCGGAACCCACAGCUUCGAACGCGAGGUACCAGAGCAGCCGCUCAAAGUUGCUAGACACGAGAAUGUCCAUGGCAGGUGAGAGGGUCUCCCGAACACCGGCCGCCGCCGUUCCCUGUUUCCCGUCCGUCAUCGGUGCGGAAUCCACCUUUUCGUACCGUGCGGUGUUCCAGAAUCGCGCGAGGAUGUCAUUCGAGUUGGUGGCAACGACCAUUUUCGACAUCGGCAGGCCCAUGCGUUUGGCGUAGUAUCCCGCCAGGAUGUCGCCGAAAUUUCCCGUGGGCACGACGAAUUGGACUUCGGUCCCAGGCUCGGGCGAGAGAUGGAAGUACGCCAGGAAGUAAUACACCGUCUGGGCGAGGAUGCGAGCCCAGUUGAUCGAGUUGACGGCACCGAGACGCAUAGAGUGGGCUGGAUGCUGGAAGCACAACCUGACAGUCAUCGAACGUUCCUCCGACAGAGAUGUUGUGCACGUUCGCGUCCGUCACUGUUGCCAUCUGCGCUUCUUGGAUCGGCGACACGCGCCCAGUGGGGAAGAGGAUGAAGAUGGAGAUGUCUGCUUUGUUCCUCAAGCCAUAGAUCGCCGCGCUGAGUCGUGUCACAAAGAGCGUAAUGCUUGAAGGGCGAAACGACUCACCUUCCUGUGUCUCCACUGGUUGCUCCGACGACGGUCAACUUCUCCUUCUUCUCUCCCUCCGCUUUCCUGCUGUUCCUUCUCUUGAGGAAGAACUCGAAGAGGUUCCCAAGCAGCUGGAGAGCAACAUCCUUGAACGCGAAGGUGGGGCCGUGGAAGAGCUCGAGAACGAAUCGUUUAUCAUCGAGCUUUUUGAGCGGUGUGACAUCUGGAUGUCGGAACGUAGAGUAGGACUUUUCCACGAGUGCACGGAGAUCGGAUGUUGUAAUUUCAUCGGGAGAGAUGUAGAGCGAUAGAACAGCGACUGAGAGAUCGACGAAGGAGUAGGACUUCCACUUUGUUUGCCAGUCUGCUGGUAAUGCUGGGAUAACUUCAGGGAUGUACAAUCCGCCGU